ACUACUUUCUUCACUAGCUGAUAAAUAUCUUUGUAAUUUUCUGCAUUCUGAGUUUCUAAUAUAGAAAGUCAGUUCAUUCAGUUGCUUGAAUGUAUUCUAAACAUAUCUAUAGUGAGUGUAUUGUUAAUUCGUGUAAAAAGACACUGCCGAAUGUUUCAGUGUUCGAAUAGCAAAUAGUAAAGAGCAUACUGUAUAAACUUUAUACGAAGCGAGUGAUUGUCGCAUUCGCGGAUCAUCAACAAUAGCAAUAUGUGAUGUCAUAAUGUCUGAAUGUACAUACAUCAUUGUUGUCUUCAACAAUGUGUAAUAUAGAAUGACAGUCGGUAUUUUGGUCGAUUCCAGUUCGUUUAAUAUAACGUGAAUAAAACGAAAUUCAGUGUGCCGGUAUUUUCUGGUGGUUUUCUGUGAUGGCUGGUUUUUGGUCAAUUUUCGUGAUAAUAUCAGUAAUGUUUGAGGUAGUUCUGUCGUAUAAUUUGACUUUAUCUUUACCUUUUUAGUGCACAUGCGGUCAAAAUAUUUGCACCUUCAAUUUCAAUGCGAACCUUCUCCGAUAGUUGUGGUGUAUUCUAUUAUGGCAAUUUAAUAUAGUAAAAUAAUUUGUAUAUAUUUAACAGUUUAAUUAAUAUGCUUAAAAAAAAGAGCUAGCUGAUCUGAUCAAGUGCACAACUAUGUGUAACUAAAUCAUUAAAAAAUGAUUAUAUAAAUCUAGAUAGAGCAACUGAAUGGGGUCAAUGGUCAAUUAAGUGUUGGCUGAUGAGUCGUCUUUUUCAUAUUGAAUGUAUAUAGAUCUUCAAUUUCCAAAGUUUCCACAGGUUAUUAAUAUUUAUGCAAACGUGGAAGUAGCUCAUACAGACGAAUUACCACUUACAAAAUCUCUAGGUUACGUUAUGAGAGGAAACUUGCAGAAGACAUUACAAGAUGCUCGUCUUAAUCAGGAAUUAACAGAUCUAUAUCAGGAGAUGAUAAGAGUCAGUGAGGAGUCGCACAAGCCUUCGGAGAUUGAAGAUAACAGAUUGAGAAGAGUAAUAGAGGAUGAACAAUUAGAUUCAUUGAAAGAUGCGAUGACCAGGCGCCGUAGAAGUCGGUCUUCGUUGGGAACGGUUGCACUUCAAAGGCGAGUACGAUCACAGGCUACUCGGCGCGACAAAUUGAAUAGCCAAAGCUUAAGAAGUCAUGUCGAACAUACGAGAUUAUCAGUCAGCGAUCAAUCUGAGUCUAUCGGUGAAUAAUGAAUUCAGAUUUUUGUAAUGUACUUUAAUAUCUAGUCUUUUUAUACUUUACUUUUGAAAGAUGUAUUUACACUUAAUAAAUCAUGUUCUAUGAAA